UACAGGUCGUGGGUCUGAAUCCAAGCUGGUGUGAUUUCUGCUGUUUAAGGUUUGUCAUAAAUUCCAGCAGCAGUGACUCAGCUCCAAUAAACUGGAGCUUCGGAGCUGCUGACAGACAUCGGCGUCAUUGCUCUGGUCCCUGGAGCUGAUUGGUGGAGGCCUCCUCCUUCUCUGCCAGUGGCCUGUGGACUCGUGACCUGCAGCCGGUUCAGCCGGUUGCCAAUGAUCUACAGGGUCGACGACACGCCGCAGGUCCAGACCUGGUACUGCUGCUCCGGAUCCAUCACGCUGGGCACCAGUCUGCUUCCAACAGAGCAGGGUCUGUUUAGGAUCACCCUCAUCCUCAGCAACAGUGAAUAACGUCAUGCCGUUGAUCCCGAAUCUGAUCAAGAAGAAGCGAGACGGGGAGGCGCUGAGCGAUGAGGAGAUCGCAGCCUUCGUCCAGGCCGUCACUCACGGAACCAUCCAGGACUCUCAGAUCGGGGCCAUGCUGAUGGCCAUCUGGCAAAGGGGGAUGGCUGUCGCCGAGACCGACGCCCUGACCAGAGAGAUGAUGUCAUCAGGAGAAGUGAUGUCGUGGCCAAAGGAGUGGGCGGGGCUAGUGGUGGACAAACACUCGACAGGGGGAGUGGGGGAUAAGGUCAGCCUGGUGCUGGCGCCCGCACUCGCUGCCUGCGGCUGCAAGGUGCCUAUGAUCAGUGGACGGAGCCUGGCUCAUACAGGAGGAACUCUGGACAAACUGGAGUCGAUUCCAGGAUUCAACAUCCAGCAGUCGACCCAUCAGAUUCUGGAGAUCCUGGGCUCGGUGGGCUGCUGCAUUGUGGGUCAGACGGAGCUGCUGGUUCCUGCAGACCGAGUGCUGUACGCUGUGCGGGACGCCACCAGCACCGUGGACAGUUUACCCCUCAUCACAGCUUCGAUCAUCUCAAAGAAAGGAGCUGAGUCUCUGUCGGCUCUGAUUCUGGACGUGAAGUUUGGACGAGGUGCUCUCUAUAAAAAUCUGCACGAUGCCAGAGAGCUAGCACAGUCUCUGGUGAGAGCAGGAAACGGCCUGGGGAUCCGUACUGGGGCGGUUCUGAGCUUCAUGGACACCACGAUCGGCCGAUGCGUCGGGAACAGCCUGGAGGUGAUCGAGUCUCUGGAGGCGCUGAAGGGAAACGGACCUGAAGACCUAAUGGAGCUGGUCUCCACUCUGGGUGCAGCGCUGCUCCUGAUGACGGGCUUGGUGCCUGAGCUGUCCGAAGGCCGGAGGCGGGUUUCCGAAGCUGUGACUAGUGGAGCGGCUCUGACCCGGUUUCGGGCCAUGAUGGAGGCUCAGGGUGUGGCUGCGGAGACGGCCCAGACUCUGUGCUCUCCCCACGCUGACUACCACCGCGUGCUGAGGAAGUCUAUCUAUCAGACCGAGCUGAAGACUCCUGGAGACGGUUUGGUUCUGGACGUGGACGGUUUGGCUUUAGCUCAAGUGCUCCAUAAGUUGGGAUCCGGGCGAUCAAGGGCCGGACAACCUAUCAAUCACAGUGUGGGGGCAGAGCUGCUGGUUUCCCUGGGGCAGAGGGUCAGAAGAGGCAUCCCCUGGUUGCGGCUUCAUUAUGAGGACCCAGCUCCAAGUCCGGAUCAGAUGGAUCGACUGCACAAUGCGCUGGUUCUGGGACCAGAUUACAACUCACAAAGCCAACAAGCACACACAUUAGUGAAAGAAUUGCUGCUGCCUAACUAACACGAGGCAAGUGCACCUGAGGCUCUUUCAAACGUUCUGAGUUUCAGCUUGAUGCCUCCUGGGUCUUAAAAGAACCUCAGUACAUUUAUUUAACAAUUAUAGAGUGAAGGUGCAUAUCCAUAAAUAUAUAAAUAUAAAUAUAAUUACCAAUAUAUAUUAUAUCUUAUACCUAGUACCAAUUAUAUUUGAGAAAUACAUUUGUUCUCUUCAGUAAUAUUUUCUACUACAUUUUAGAGGUACAUUAUAUACUGAAGUAUAAUUAUGUGACAUUCUCAAGUAACUUCUAACAUGAGAGUCUAUAUUGAUGAAUAUAUCAGAUACUGAAACUGUCCUUACACAUAACACAUCAGUAAAUGUGAUUUGUUGCUUACAAUCACUGUAUGUAUGGAUAAAUAAAUAAAAGAAUGUCUGAUAUAGAAUAAA